AUGGCAGGUUCAGCCUCAGGCGCAGGCACAGACGCUGACGCUGACGCUGACGCAAACGAGACCAUGCGCCUUGCCAUCGCCCGCUUCCGUAGCAGAAUGGCCGCCGCAAACCAAAAGUUUCUGCAGGACCGCAUCAAUGAAACCGAAGCGAAAGGUCUAGCGACUGAAAAGCAGAAGCGUCGCUGGCUCUGCCAGUACCGAUACAUGGACCAACUCGAAUGGAACGACGACGAUCCCGAGACGCGCGGGAAGUGCGACGGGAUCCGGAUCCCACAGCAGACGUCAGUCCGCGACCUGGAUAUUCCUGCUGUUCUCAACGCCCUGCCUUCCUAUGUAUCGGUUGAUGGUGUAGUCCCACCCCUGCUGCGCACAGAGCAGUGGCGGCAGAUGUACCUCGACACAGUUCAGCGUGUGUGUCAGGGGCAGGCGGACGCGAUCGUUGCCUCAGACGACGAGGAGCUUGACGAUGCGUGCUAUCUCCACCACCAAGACCAUAGGCCAAUGACUAUCCCGCGAUGUGACGAGCUAGGCAUAUUCCUAAAGUAUGCGCAAGAGGUGAUGGACGUUGACUUCCGGCUCUUGGGCAUUGCGCCGUUCGCACCGGCUUCAUUAAUCGGGGUUCAGGACAAGGAAUUAGACGGACUUAACGAGGAACAGAGAUGCCACAAGUUGGCGGAUCCGGAGCUACUGAAGCGCGAGCAAGAGGACUUGCAGCGGAGAUUGGAAGAUGAACUUUCGAAUGGGUGCCUGACGGUAUGUAUCGACGAGGACCUGGAAGUCAGGGCUGGCUUUAUCACCGGCAUUGGAAAUCACUAUAUGUACGAAUGCCCAGCGUGGUAUAGUGCGUAUGUGUAUUGCAGGCGGUGGACGGAUGACGACAAGGACGGUAGCAUGCACAAGGAUGAAGACAUCCAGGAUGCUGCCAACAUCCGGAACUGGGGCUGGCGGGUGGUUUUUUUUGAGGCCGAUGUUGACAGUCCUAGCAUUCUGUAUGGCCGGAGGGCACGCUUUGAUUCUAUUCCAGAAUUCUUGGAUUGGUACGCCAGCUGGCUGGACCAUCUAGAUGCACGGGGGUUGCUUUCUCUGCGGCGCCACGCUGUAGGCUGUGAGACGGACUGCGAGUCGGACUGUGAGGAUCACUGCCCAUAG